CGGAUACUGUUUUAUGGAAGUUGAUAUCAUGUGUCAUAAUAUUAUGAUAAAAAUUACGUUUUUUGUUGCUUUUUGUAUAUGUAUUUUUCAAGGUAGUAGUGAAGAAAAGGCGGUUUGCAGUGAAAAGGAAAGUCCAAUAAAAUGCUGUGCAAAUUAUAAACUGCGUGGCAAAGACUGUAUACCCUGUUAUGGAUACUCCGGUCCACAAUGUGCGAGGUCGUGUCUACCUGGAUACUGUGGCUUUGGGUGUAAAAAUGAGUGUUUGUGUGAGCAGUGUUUUCCAGUCAACUGUUCAUGUUUUUAUGACCAGGAUGUAGAACAAGCAGAAACAAAGAGAAAGAUAAAGACAGUCAACUAACAUUUAGAACCAUGGGACCUCCUAUUUCGCUGCACGAUUUUGAAAGAGCUUCAGAUAAUCCAUGUCGGACAAAGAGACAGAGACUAGAUCCAGGCGAAAAGGCACAGGAAGUUAAAAGUAAUACACACGGAUAUAACCAGAUAUCGAUGAUGUACAAAAAUCAAGACAUUAUGUUUGAAAACGACGACCCUAUGUUCGAAUACGACUUGAGU